AUGGCCCGAGGAAACCAGAGAGACAGGGAUCGCGAGAAGAACCUCAAAAAGAAGGCGCAAACGAAAUCCAAGACUGAGGUCGGCAAGGGUGGUAUACUGGCUAAGAAGGAGAAUGAUGCUGAUAAGAUGAGAGCGAAACAAGCGUUGGCCGAUCAGCGGAAACAAGCUGAAGCACUUGCAGGGGCCAAGAAGUAA